UGAAGAUGUUUUGAUGGCGACUGAUGACAUGUAAUUAAGUCAAGUUGGCAUGAGGUUAAUUAAUGAAGAUAUUCUUGAGCCACACAUGAAUAAGUCACAAUUAAAUCAAGUAAUUCAUCUUCAUUAUAAUACAUAAAAACAUUCACAUAGGACUCUUAUUUUGACAGAAUACUAAACAACAAAAAUGAUGUUGUACUGAAGUAGGAGUUGGUCUGCAGUAUAUGAAUAUCUCACUUUAAAGGUUUAAAACACACUCGUUUGAUUCCAUAAACCAGAUUUGUUUGCCAGGAAAUAGAGAAAAUACAACAAUAUAAUAGUAUAAUAACAGAACCACAGAAAAAGAAGAUGUAUGGAAGCCCACUGUCGCCAGUUAGAGUAAAACAAUACAAUGAAAACUGGGUUUGAUGAAAAAAUUAAUAUUCUCAUGGUGAAUUACAGUUAUAAAAUACACUAAUCUAAGUCUUGAAUAUGAAAUACAAAAGUCCAAAUUAUUCAAUUAAAAGUCAUAUUAAUUAGAUUAAAAAGACAUGAUUAGGACGAGUUGAGUUGUCGUAAAGUCGGAAUGACAUAAACAUGAGAUUAAAAAGUAAUGAUUAUGAGACCUCACAAUCAUGACUUUUUAUCUUAUGUUUAUGUCAUCAUUUACAACAAAAAUCAGAGAUUUUAAAAAAAAUGAAAUGGGGUAAAAAAUGAUAUGAGAAAAAGUCAUGAUGCAUCUAUUUUCAUUUCUUUUUAAUCUCAUUGGUUACCAUGGGAAUAUUUGUGUCUAAUCAAGGCAAAGUGCCCAUCUUAUUUCAUUCUUAUUAUUUUUCUUGCACUACUGGAAAUGGCCUUCCAUCAAAUUUCAUCAAAUGCCAAACUUAAUUAGGGGGGAUAAUUUGCUCAUGAUCCAGUGUUUGCGCAGCUGUUUUUGUUUUCAGCACCACGGACAGCGUGCUGCGCCCUCAGUCAACCCCAUGAUGACCAGACAGUCCUUCUGCACAGGUCAUACAGUUACCUUGUCGGCAGAUGAGUCACUCAAGUUACCACAAUAAAUCCAUAACGUUAUGGAAGAUGAAGGUCUGAGGCGUUCCCUCCGACUGUCCUCCUGCCUGUUGUUUGCUCAAGGUGGAGUUUUGUGCCACAUCACAUGUAAGUGGUGCGGCCACAGCGCGCAGUGCUGAGGCUGCUGUCCUGCACGGAGAGCUGUCAGGAGCAGGAAGCGGCUCAACGAUCACGGAAGCGGGAGCGCUCUUUGCAUUUCGAGGACAAUCGCAGCCUUACUUUGAGAGUGGAGAGGCGCCGAGGAACAUGCGUGCAGCCCGCAGGUGAAAACAAUCCGCUCAUUUAACUUCUCAGCCGCUGCAACUUUUUCGGCUUCUGUGCGGAAUCGACAUCCGAGAUUGUGUCGGUGUUGUUCUGCUUCAGCUCGAAUCCCCGAAGGUACUUUUCUUUUUUUUUCUUUUUCUUUUUUUUGGGGGGGGAGAAAUGUCUCGCAAGAAGGCUGCCAAAGGCAAAGCAGCGACCAGCAGCCCGUCUGCGGGCAGCCCGACCGGGAAAGGUAUCGGGAAAGCUGCGCGGAGCAGCCCGGGCAUCGUUCAGAUGAACGGUGUGGUCCAUCCCAGCAGACCGUCCGUCAGCAACAGCAGCGAGUUUUACGACAUCGCCUUCAAGGUGAUGCUGGUUGGGGACUCUGGUGUGGGGAAAACAUGCCUCCUGGUCCGCUUCAAAGAUGGAGCCUUCUUGGCAGGCAGCUUCAUCUCCACUGUGGGCAUCGACUUCAGGAAUAAAGUGCUGAGCAUUGAUGGAGUCAAGGUGAAGCUUCAGAUCUGGGACACAGCCGGACAGGAGCGGUUCCGCAGUGUCACUCAUGCCUACUACCGUGACGCCCACGCUUUGCUUCUGCUGUAUGAUGUCACCAACAAGACGUCCUUCGACAACAUACAGGCAUGGCUGACGGAGAUCCACGAGUACGCCCAACAGGAUGUGGUGCUGAUGCUGCUCGGAAACAAGGCUGAUGCCACUCAUGAGAGGGUGGUGAAGAGAGAAGAUGGCGAGAGGCUGGCAAAGGAGUUCGGAGUUCCCUUCAUGGAGACGAGCGCCAGGUCAGGUCUCAACGUGGAGCUGGCUUUCACGGCUGUGGCGAAGGAGCUGAAGCACCGGUCUAUGAAGGAUCCCAGCGAGAAGUUUAAGCUGCAGGAGUACGUCAGCAAGGAGAUGAAGAGCACAGGCUGCUGCAGGUCUUAAAGCCUGCCCUGGUCAUCAGAUGAUCUAUGUAUGUGUGCGUAUGUGUGCGUGUUUGUGUGUAUUUAUGUGCGUGUGGAUCACUCAUGUUCAUACAGUCGGUGUUCACAAUCAAGCCCGAUCAGAGAUGAGGAGUCAGCUCCAGCGAGGUAUAAACCUUUUUCGUCCUCUUGGUUUUUUUUUUUGGUUUUUUUUUCCCCCUCCGUCCACUCCGCCCUCCAUCUGCCGUCCUGCACUCAUUUCACUGCCCUACUCCAUCUUGUAUGCCCCGCUUUUGUCUCCAGCAACCUCCCUCUGCAGCUGUGAACGUAGCUCCGGGUUACGGUUCGCAGACAGACAAAGUCACGCGCUUGCACACCUCAGUUAUUAACCACCGAGUCACACCUUCGCAUUGCCUCGUGUGGUCAUUUUUAUUGUGAAGGGGCUUAAUCACAUGCAGGCAACACAUGCAUGUCAUGUACAGCCGUUUAUUCCUCACACCAACGGUCAUAAUUCUGGUCGUUCUUCUUCUUGAUCUGGUGUGGAUGAGUGUUCAUGCGACAGAUGUACAGUGACGUGUCUCCUGUCCCUGGUUCGGUUGUUCAUGUCAGUACUUCGACGGGCUCUAAGCAGCCGGUUUAGCUCACCAGCAUAAAAACUCAAUCUAAGCAUUUCCAUAAUUCAGCUGUGGAUAUUUGGGAAUACAUAUUAUUUCUUCUACAUUAAAGGUAAACGGCUGUUGCUAUCGUGUAUCCAAGGAAUGUGACAUACAGAAUAGCCACAUGAAAUGACUCUUUGAGUAGAUUUGAAUUCAUGCUAUAUGCAAAAAAAUAGAUAAAUAUAAAAGUAUAGAGUCACUUCACAAACAUGGCAGUGCAUGUGUCAAAUAUUUGGGGAAUUUCUCUUUUUUUAUUUCCAAUAAUGCAACCUCUCUCUCUUUUGUUUUGCAAAUGUUAUUUAAGCCAGAUGGUUGAGUAUACUGUGUGUAAUCGCUAUACACUGGGGGUUUUGACAGACGUGAUGUAAAUACUUAUUUUCUGCAUGUCUAAAAAAAAAAUAAUAAUAAAGUUUAAAUGGAGGAGAAUAGCACUUUAGAUGGUAACAUAACAGAGAGUACAACCGUAUGAUGACUGCAGUACUUAGUAUUGUAUAUGAAACAGAUGUUAAGCCCUAAAUGGUCGGUGGUUGAACAUAUCAUUUCCUACCUUGCCUCGUGAUAAGAUCUCAAAUAUUAUGGUUUCUCAAGAUUACAAGUUAUUCAUGUCAUUGUCACAGGAUAACAAAGAAGAAUAGAUAAUGUGAUAAAUUGAUCCACAAUUUAAGAAAACAACAGGAUUCUCCUUCUUCUUCCUAAAAGCUUAAUGUUUAAGAGAUCAGCGGCGGCAUGCCAGCACGCAAACAUGGCGUCUUAACAAGCGUAGCAACUAAUUUAAAGAUGAAAACGUCAGAUUAAAGAGCGCCCAUUUAUAUUCUUUGAAACUCCCAAAACCCAGACAACAGAGCGUGUUUACCGUCUUCUCUUCCGAAUCUUAUGAAGUUGUUUUCUCAUGAUAAAUUCUCUCCUUUAUCUCGGGGGGGGACAACAUUUGCUGUUCUACGAUAACAAGACAGAAAAAUCAUUUUCAUGAGAUCUCCAGAAAAUCGUCUCGCAGGAAAACAAAUUUGAUGUGUCAUCGCAGGAAAAUGGAAGUUUGACCCGUGACCAUCGAGGGCUUCCGUAAUAUAUUUCUGUUUUUAUUUUGAAUGUUAUAUUUGUAGACAAACAUUAGUUUAGGCUGCUUUAUUUCCUGCUUUUGUUUUUUUUUUUUUUUUUUUCGGUAAUUUCUCAUUCAUGAACAUCUAUAUGGGGUAUAUAGUGUCAUGUUUUCUUCUAAUCUGUUAAAAGUAUUUAACCUGUUCUUAACAAGGGAGGUGUAGGCCUCUUUUUAUAUGACUGUUGUUUUGGUAGAGUUCAUCUUAGACACAGAAUAUCUCUGUACAGUAUUUACUGUAAGUUUUUCCAACCUUGGUGUUCAGAGUGACGUACCGAUUUUCCAUUUUACAACUUUUCAAUGUGCAUCUUCUUUCUUGUAACUCAAGGUUAAUGACAAUAAAAAAAAAAAA